UUUCUCCUCAAUUCACUCCGGAGACAAGCCUCCUCUUUAGAACAACAUGAUGCUCAAGUCUGUCACAGAAAGCUUUGCCAAAGUGAUCCACGGCUUGCAGGUGGGACACCUGACAGAUCGUGUCAUUCAGCGGAGCAAGAGGAUGGUUCUGGAUGCUCUGGGAGUGGGGCUUCUGGGAACCAGCACUGAAGUGUUUCACAAAGCCAGUGGAUACAGUAAAACCUAUAGUUCCAAUGUAUCCAGCACUGUUUGGGGCCAGCCAGAACUCAGGCUCCCACCAACCUAUGCUGCUUUCGUUAACGGUGUGGCUAUCCACUCAAUGGAUUUUGAUGACACGUGGCACCCUGCCACCCACCCUUCUGGAGCUGUCCUUCCUGUCCUCAUGGCUCUAUCAGAAGCCCUGCCACCAAGUCCAAAGUAUUCUGGCCUUGACCUGCUGCUGGCUUUCAAUGUUGGUAUUGAAAUGCAAGGCCGAUUACUGCGUUUCUCCAAAGAAGCCUGUGACAUACCAAAGAGAUUCCAUCCCCCCUCAGUGGUGGGAACCCUGGGGAGUGCUGCCGCCGCAUCUAAGUUUUUUGGGCUCAGCGUGACAGAGUGCCAAGAGGCCCUGGCUAUUGCUGUUUCUCACGCUGGGGCACCCAUGGCAAAUGCUGCCACUCAGACCAAGCCACUUCACGUGGGCAAUGCUGCCAGGCAUGGGCUGGAAGCUGUUUUCCUGGCAAUGCUGGGUCUCCAGGGAAACAAACGGGUUUUGGAUUUGGAGACAGGGUUUGGGGCCUUCUAUGCCAACUAUUCUCCUAAAGUCCUCCCAGACCUAGAUUCACACACUUGGCUUCUGGAGAAGCAGGAUGUGGCCUUCAAGCGUUUCCCUGCCCAUUUGGCCACCCACUGGGUGGCAGACACAGCUGCAUCUGUGAGGAGGCACCUUGUAACAGACAAAGCCCCACUCCCCAUUGACCGCAUUGACAGAAUUGUGCUUCGAAUUCCUGAUGUGCAGUAUGUGAACAGGCCCUUCCCCAAAUCCGAGCACGAAGCCCGCCACUCGUUCCAGUAUGUGGCCUGUGCCAUGCUGCUCGACGGUGUCAUCACUGUCCCAGCCUUCCACAAACGCCAGAUCGACAGGCCGCAGGUGAGAGAGCUGCUUGGUAAGGUGGAGCUGGAGCACCCUCGAGACAACCUACCAAACUUCAACACACUGUACUGUGAGAUGAGUGUUGCCCUCAAGGAUGGAGCCGUCUUCACAGAGCGUUCGGAUACCUUCUACGGUCACUGGAGGAAGCCUCUGAGCCAGAAGGACCUACAGGAAAAGUUCAGAGCCAAUUCCUGCAGGACGCUGUCCUGCCACGCUGUAGAAAGGCUUAUAGAGAUAGUAGAAAACCUAGAAGACCUGGAAGAUUGCUCUGUGCUAACCACACUUCUGAGAGAAACCUCUCCACCAAAGAUAGCUUCCAAAUCUAUCUAGCAUUUAACAGUUCCAUCAUACAAUCUCUCCUAUGGCUUGACAACAUCCACGUGACUUUGUAUCAGGGGAAAUUCAAUUCUCUGCUUUAAAGAACAAGGGUCUGUCCUGGGAAUAAGUGCAGCAGGCUUCAGUGCUUCAGAGCCCAAACACAGAACUGGAUAUAUAUGGACGCAGUCUUAUCUUGUAAAAUUUGCAAGACAGUUCCAGUUACCUAUUUUGGCAAGCUAAUAAAUGUGCAAGAAACACAGAGAAGUUUAUUUUAAAAGCAUUCAUAAGGUUGAAAUUCAAGUCACCUGUACUUAGCUUAAGCUUUUCAGGAGUUAUUUAUGAACCUUUAUGAACCUCAAGGCAUGAGAGGGAUUUGAACUUUUACAUAAAGCUUGCUGACAGUGAAGAUGGCUCUGGUCUGUUGUGCCACCAGCAGACUUCUUAGACUAUGGGUUAUAAGAAUCCCUUCACGAUGGAGGAGAUGCUAUUGGGUUUAAAACAAGGGCUUCAUUGUUUCAAAUCCUGCUUCUGCCACUGACUAGAUGUGACACUGGGCAUGGUUUGGGGUAUCCCUCUAGUUUUGCUUUAUUUUUUAAAAAGUAUAAAAAUAAAGCAGUUUGACUCUAAAAGCAGUAUUCUUAAUACAAUCUAUCACCUUUCACUAUAAAAAACAAUUU